UGCUACUUCCGCUGGCGGUUUCCCGUUCAAGUUUGAGUUGAGGGUUACGUCUGGAGGGAAGGAAAAAGAAGGUUAUAACAAUCUUUUACAUCCAGUAGUAAAUCAAGGUCAUGGCGAAAUUCCAUGCCCCUGUGAUCCAGGAUAACCCCUCUGGUUGGGGUCCCUGUGCUGUCCCGGAGAAGUUUAGAGACAUGCCAUACCAGCCCUUCAGUAAAGGAGACAGACUGGGCAAGGUGGCAGACUGGACUGGAGCAACAUAUCAGGAUAAGAGAUACACAAAUAAGUACUCCUCCCAGUUUGGUGGAGGCAGCCAAUAUGCCUACUUCCACGAGGAGGAUGAGACAAGCUUCCAGUUGGUGGACACGGCCAAGACCCAAAAGACGGCCUAUCAGAGGAACCGUAUGCGAUUUGCACAGCGGAACCUUCGUCGGGACAAGGAUCGCCGGAAUAUGGCCCAGUUCAACAUGCAAACACUGCCCAAGAGUGCCAAGCAAAAGGAGAGGGAUCGUAUGCGCCUGCAAAAGAAGUUUCAGAAGCAGUUUGGUGUCCGACAAAAAUGGGACCAGAAGUCCCAGGCACAGCUGAAGCCUAGGGAUUCCUCUGUGGAGGUGCGUAGUGAUUGGGAGGUGAAGGAGGAGAUGGACUUCCCAAGGCUAAUGAAGAUGAGAUAUAUGGAGGUGUCUGACCCACUUGACAUUGAAUGCUGUGGAGCUCUGGAGUACUACGACAAGGCCUUUGACCGCAUCACCACCCGUAAUGAGAAACCGCUCAAGAGCAUUAAGAGGAUCUUCCACACUGUGACAACCACAGAUGACCCCAUCAUCCGCAAGUUGGCCAAGACCCAGGGUAAUGUGUUUGCCACAGAUGCCAUCCUGGCCACUCUGAUGUGCUGCACGCGCUCUGUCAACUCCUGGGACAUUAUAGUGCAGAGAGUGGGCAACAAGCUCUUCUUUGACAAGAGGGACAACUCAGAUUUUGAUCUGCUGACAGUGAGUGAAACGGCUAAUGAGCCUCCUCAGGAUGAGGGUAACUCUUUCAACUCUCCAAGGAACCUGGCCAUGGAGGCCACAUACAUCAAUCAUAACUUCUCCCAGCAGUGCCUGCGAAUGGGUGGAGAGAAGCACAAAUUCCCUAAUCCCAACCCCUUUGUGGAAGAGGACAUGGACAAGAAUGAAGUGGCUUCUGUGGCCUACAGGUACCGGCGAUGGAAGCUGGGCGAAGACAUCGACCUGAUUGUGCGCUGUGAGCACGAUGGAGUCAUGACUGGGGCCAGCGGCGAGGUGUCCUUCAUCAACAUCAAGACCUUGAAUGAGUGGGAUUCCAGGUACUGCAACGGUGUGGACUGGCGUCAGAAGCUGGACUCCCAGAGAGGAGCAGUGCUGGCCACAGAGCUGAAGAACAACAGCUACAAGCUGGCCCGUUGGACCUGUUGUGCCAUACUGGCUGGGUCGGAGUACCUGAAACUGGGGUAUGUGUCCCGCUACCACGUAAAGGACUCUUCGCGCCACGUGAUUCUUGGCACCCAGCAGUUCAAGCCCAACGAAUUUGCCAGCCAGAUCAACCUGAGUAUGGAAAAUGCUUGGGGCAUCCUGCGUUGUGUCAUUGACAUUUGUCGCAAGCUUGAUGAGGGCAAGUACCUCAUCCUGAAGGACCCCAACAAGCAAGUAAUCCGUGUGUACAGCCUCCCAGAUGGAACAUUUAGCUCUGAGGAAGAGGAUGAUGAGGAAGAGGAGGAGGAGGACGAAGAAGAUGAAGAUGAGGAAAGCUGAGAUGGGACAGCCUUUGACCAAGCAAGAAGCUGUGUACACCUGAACAUGUGUAAACAGCUGGAAAAUUAAAAAUGGUGAAAUACCAA